ACAAUCAUUUAUGUUUGCAAUAACAAUCACUGUGUUGAAAUUAUGCAAAAAGCGAAACGCAUGAACUAUAUGUUUUAAUCAAAACGAUUAGAACAUAAACAAUGUAAAAAUUCUUCCAUAAUAACUGCCAUAAUCAAUACAGAUAAGUUCUCAUUUACAGCUUUGCUCGGUGCGUUAAAGAUGAAGAAAUUUUUAUCAAGGUAUCUUCUACAAAUCCUUCAAGAACAGCCAAAAGGCUUUCAAUGCAAAGAAAUCUUCAACCGAAGAAUAUACAUCUGAAAAAUUGUCCUCGCCACUUGAUCCAUUUUUAUGGACAACUUCGUUAAAUUAUCCAUAGUACUUAGACUCGCUCUGCGUUUCAUAGCAAAAGAAUACAUUUCCUGCAUACUGGCUCUUGCAGCAUGGGUUUUGAGAUCCUACGAAUUGAUACAAACAUUAUUUGCAAAGUAGAUAUGCACCAAGUUUAUCUUUGAAAUAAGUGCAAAAAAUGCCCUGUUCUCGAAUAAAGAAUCCUUUCUACAUUUUUUGUCAUAUCGGUCUUUUAUGUUUCUUUUCCGGCCUUAAGUAUCAAUGUGAUUAGAGAGAUUUAUCCAGGAACCAAAAGAUCAAAUAACUUUUGUUACAGAAAUCUGAGUACUAAAUGGCCGAAUGUAUCCCAGUGUAACCAUAGAGGUGUAACCACAGGUGCUUUUAGUGCCUUGCUGACAACAAGAUCUUGUUUUGCCUCAUGUUACAUUUGCUGAAGAAUCCUUAUCAAUGUCUAUUUGAACCAAACAGUUUGUCAGCCGGAUGCCACAAGCAAGACUGUCUUUGGUACUUAUAUUUGUUACAGCUUCACUGAGUGCAUGCUUAACAACUGCAAGUUUGUUUACAAUCUCAUGGAGGCUUCAUUUAUCGAAGCAAUCAGGCGCGAUUUCUUAUGGCUUGCACAAAAAAUGCUCUGGUACCUCAUGUGAGCACUACUCAAAGCAUAUGCCUGCUGCUGGUAAAUUGGAACUUGUUCACUGGCUAAUGAUCACUUCCCUCCUUCCACUUGCUACUGUGGUUAUUCAUAUGACCUGCAUUUACAUGUUUGUCCGAGAAAUGGUGCACCAUCGAAUCAAAUGGUACAUUUCGUUCCAAGCAGCCUCUGGAAUUCUACAGUUCAUUGGCCUUAUCACAUUCUCCACUCAACGCAAAAUCUUGGGCAGUGACUAUAGUUACUCGUUUUAUUUUGUUGCAAUAUCUGUCGUUUUGAAUGUAACUUGUUCCCUUAUAGCUAUCUGGGCAAUUAGAAAAACGGCAGUUUCACCUGCCUGAUUUCAAACAGUUGCAUUUUUGCCCGUCACAGCUUCUAGUCUGUUCAUAUUCCUUUCAUGGCAUUUUCUAAUCAUCGACACUUCUCUGCCGUCGGCCCUAUUCAAUGACGCUUCUUAUUCAUCUAUGUAUGAUAAAUCUAAAAGGCCGUUCUUCUUUAUUUUGCAUACCCUGCUUAUUUGAUGGCUUGAAAGCUAAUAAAACAUUUCCACAGAUGUAAUAAAGUUUGUAAAAUAUUCUUUUAUAACAAGGUCAAAUUUUGCUUCAUUCGUAUUCAAUAAAAAAUGAAUUGAAUAAACCUGUUACCAGAUCCCUGAAUCUAGGAAAGAUUAAAAAUUAAUUGCCUUGUAGAGUAAGCGCUCUAAGAUGGAAUUGUAACUUCCUUAUAAGGAAUAUGAAGAUGUCUUCAAUUUUAUCUGCCAAACACUUUAGCAACGUACGAGCUAGCAGUAAUUUUCAUUAUCUUUGCCAUUCUUAAACACUUGUUUUUAUAGUUCUCGGUACCACUUAGACGACGCUGCCAAACACUUUAGCAACGUACGAGCUAGCAGUAAUUUUCAUUAUCUUUGCCAUUCUUAAACACUUGUUUUUAUAGUUCUCGGUACCACUUAGACGACGCUACCAAACACUAUAGCAACGUACGAGCUAGCAGUAAUUUUCAUUAUCUUUGCCAUUCUUAUCUCUGCCCGCCCCUUAGCGCGUAGAACUGAGCGCUGCUUAGGUGCAACACCGAGUCCGCUGUUAAGUUGCAAAGCUUAAUUUGAUUAUCAACUGUUAAACUACUUUAUCUUUAGGCAUCUAUAUAAAUUUGCUUUGGAAACGUUUUUGUUAUACCCUAAUGCAAUUUCAGUAUUCUGGAUUUGAGUCGAUUAAGGACUUUAAGUUGAAGACAGUUUUUGUUGUCUCUUCACUAAUUGAAUUCAUUAUCUAAAGCAAAUCAUGGCAGUUGUGCAGAUACUGGGGGAGAGAGUUGGGGGAAGAGAGGUGGGGAUGCUGCAAGGACAGGAGCCUCUCGUAAUUUCAUCAUUUCCAUUAAAAAGUUAUUUUUAUCUGAAAGUUACGAAGUUUUUCCUAAAGCCGGUAGAGCAAAUAAAGGCAAGAAAGUUGAAUCUAUUAGCCGACCUCAUGUCAUAGCUUUAUGCCCAAGUGUCCUUUCUUUUCUGGGGAAAUGUUCAAGUGACUUGCUAUUGAAGUCUCAGAAUAUUUUUAUAUAUAUAUGAAAAUCAGAGAAUUUUCUAGAUAACAAAAGCUGCACCAAAAAUCGGCUUUACUUUUGAAUAGAUAAGUGAAGUAAAAAGAUUUACUAGCACGUUUAACGCCAACGUCCCCCGUAUUUUGGUAAAGGUUGCAUAAUCAGCUCAGGAGCAGGUGUUAGAAUUUGUUUCCCGUGUCAUAGCAGAAGGACGCUGCAAUGUUGAUGGUCAGGUUUCAUUCUCUGUUUUCAUCUAUUUUUCGUUAUAUGACGUGUCACUAGCAACUCUUGGUGAAUCGGAAAACCAAAAGAAGAAAUUUCACGAUGAAGAUUUUCCUGAUCGUGCAGUGCUUCAUUUUGGUUUGUUGCAUAGGGAAUCUGCAAGGAACAAUCAUUUAUAACCAAAUAAUCACGUUAAGAUGGAUUAUCAAUGGUGAUGUCAACCGGCAUUUCUGCCUAACUGCAGAAUCGAUGUCCAUGUCUAGCGGCAAGAAGCUGCAAUCGUACAUUGGAGACUGUUGCCAAUUUCCGAAAUGGAUCUGGAGAGCAAAUGGAGAAAUUUGGGAUUUUGAUAAUAAAGUUUGUCUUGGUGAAAGUGAUGUUGAUACUGAUGUGGAAUUUAUAGACGUCUCAACAGCAUGUGCCAAAUUAAAUCUUACUCCUGAUGGUAGGCUGUUAAAGAAAAUGAAUGCAAAUCAUUGUGUGUUGAGAGACGGCGAAAAUCAUAAAUAUAGAACGUGUCCUUCUUCAUCAAGUGACUAUGUGACAGUUACUUCGUGUGGAACUUCAGUGGCGAAUUCUGUCAAUCAGUGGUUCAUGACAAUGUUCAAUUCUAUAUCUUACUGCUGGACAUUUGAUUCAUUUGGUGAGGGGAAAAAAGCCUACGGAAUACAGGAAGCAAACUGCUGCAACCAGUACAGGUUUAUAUCAAAAUCAAAUGGAGAUGUGCGAGUAAUGUCUGCUGGCCAAGGUGGAGAGUUAUGUCUUCAGGUUGACGGAAUGCCAAGUAAGCAGGCUAGCUCUAUCGAUGGCAAAGAUGUGAAGUUGGAAACAACUUGUGAAGGGUCUGCUUUUAUAUACGAUUCAACUUACAAUCUUCUAAGAAUUGUUGGCACAGACAGAUGCUUAGGAAUGGACUCGUCUGAUGACAUAAGAGUUGGCGUAUGCAGCUCUUUUUCCGGAACAGUAUUCUCCUCAGGUACUUGCACUCCAUUUCUGACGUCACAACAUAUACAAGUGACUUCGUCCGUGUCGUCUUUGGCCUCUUCAUUCACCAAUAUACUUUCUUCAUCCUUGCCACAUUCAUCCUCAUUUCUUUCGUCAACACAAUUAUUGUCGUCCUUGCCUUCAUCUUCAUUAACUCUGUCAUCGCUAUCCUCAUCAUCACAAAUAAUAUCAACGUUUUCACCAACUUUUUCAUUAUCAUCGUCAUCUUUGUCAUCGUCGCUGUCUUCAUCAAUUUCGCCAUCAUCGCUGUCUUCAUCAAUUUCGCCAUCAUCGCUGUCUUCAUCAAUUUCGCCAUCAUCGCUGUCUUCAUCAAUUUCGCCAUCAUCGCUGUCUUCAUCAAUUUCGCCAUCAUCGCUGUCUUCAUCAAUUUCGCCAUCAUCGCUGUCUUCAUCAAUUUCGCCAUCAUCGCUGUCUUCAUCAAUUUCGCCAUCAUCGCUGUCUUUGUCAAUUUCGCCAUCAUCGCUGUCUUUGUCAAUUUGGCCAUCAUCGCUGUCUUUGUCAAUUUCGCCAUCUUCGUCAUCUUUAUCGUCACCAUUUUCAACAAUUUCUUCCUUUUCAUCAUCAAAGUUGAUAGAAUCUUCACAAGACUUCUCAAGGUCAUCAUCAAGCGCGCCGCAGUCAUCUGUUCUUUCUACAGGAGACCCAGUGGAUGGAGCUUGGGGUCAAUGGACACCAUGGGCACAAUGCUCAGUUAAUUGUGGAGACGGUGUACAAGAACGCUUACGUUACUGCGAUGACCCAGCCCCUAGCAACGGUGGGGCAAAGUGUGACGGUCUUGCACGGGAAGAGAAAGCAUGCAAUAUGUCAGCAUGUUCAGGGAUCACUCUUGCAAGCCUGAUGCGAAAUUGUGCUCUGUAUUGUCAAUCCUUAGGGCUUGUUUGCUCAUCUUCUAUUGACACUGGAAAUUCAAAGGAGAGCUUCAUGAAAGUUGGUGCAACAUGCUCAUCUGAUGAAAGCUCCAAACUGUGGACAAGAGACUUUGAUCCUGCUUUUUAUACAGAUAGCUACAAAUGCGCUGGUUAUGUGUCUGUGCCUUCUCUUGUACAAUGCAAUGUAACUGCACCUUCAAAUGUUAAAAGACUGUGUAACUGUGUUCAAAAUGAUGAUUUGGGCUUUGGUCCAUGGACGCCAUGGUCUGCAUGUACAGAGACAUGCAAUGGAGGCCAGAAGACACGAACGAGGCUUUGUUUGUCAGAAGACACAUCAAAAAAGGAGUGUCAAGGAAAAGCAAACGAAAUUGCUACAUGCAAUUGGCAAAAAUGUCCAAUUGAUGGUGGGUUUUCUGAAUGGUCAAAAUGGACGACAUGCACGAAGUCAUGUGAUGGUGGAACACGAACCAGAAAUCGAACAUGCAGUGAUCCAUUUCCAGUUUAUGGUGGAAGUCUAUGUUUUGGCAACUACACGGAAACAGAGCUCUGCAGUGCUGGCUUUUGUCAAAUUAAUGGUGGAUGGACGAACUGGACAUCUUGGCAGCAAUGUAACAAGCCUUGCAACACAGGAGAACGUCUUAGACAACGCUGGUGCGAGAACCCGUUGCCAAUGUAUGGCGGUAAAGUAUGCGAGGGGAAUGGCACAGAAACUGCUCCAUGCAACACAAAUAUUUGUCCAAAUGUUUCAAUAACGUUAAGGAAUGUUGCCUUUGAUGAAGUUUGGAAAGAUGGGUACGCAUUGGCAUCAGGAGCUAUGUUUGCAGAUUUUGCAAGAAAAAUCGAUAUAAAUGUUAAAAGACUAUACGAUGGAGACUUGAAAAGAACAUAUGAUUUAGUUCAGCUUCAUAAUUUAAGUCCAGGAAGUGUGAUUGCCUCGUUCACGUUGUAUUUCACUGCACUUGAUUCGUUCCAAGCUCUGUUCCUAAUGGAUGCUAUUGACAACGAUCAUUAUCUCGGCAAACUACCAAUUGUCGAAAAUAAAACCGCCAGUUUUUCAUCACCGAUAGUUCCAUCGAGUCCCCCAUCAAAUGUGACAGCGGUCAGCAAUGACGCCAGUUCCAUAGAUGUUUCCUGGAAUGAAGUUCCGAGCCCGGAUCAAAAUGGUGUAAUUACCGGCUAUUUGUUGUUUUACCGGGAAUCAUCAGCUACGACAUACACAAUUGCUGCAACAACGCAGCUCAAGCUAAAGAUUCAAGGGCUGUCUGCUGCUACCAGUUAUUCAUUGCGAGUAUUGGCAUACAAUUCCAAUGGAAAUGGCAUUGCUAGUGAACUUAACACAUUAACAACUAGAGAAAAAGCACCAAGUCUUCCGCCGCAAUCAAUAUCAGUUGUUCCUAUGAGUGCCUUUUCAUUGUUUGUUGAAUGGACACACCCUCCAAGGCAUAGCUGGAAUGGCAUCAUUGCUGGCUACAAAGUUGACAUUAAGUCAGAUGACGGCAGCUUCUCCCAAUCUCUGAAUGUUGAUGGAACAAUGGUUAACAUGAACGUAAAUGGAUUAUCACCAGAUAGGUUGUACAUCGUCGAUGUAUGUGCAUCGACCUCCGUUGGCACCGGUCCCUGCAUACGCUCUUACAACAAAACAUUUGUUAGCACUCCUUCAAUAUCUCCAGCCAAUGCAGGAUGUCAGAACAAAACCUCAACAAGCAGCAUAAUUGUCAGUUAUGAGCCAAUUCCAAUUGCAUUUAUUCACGGAAUUUUGAAAGGGUAUCGAAUUGAAUACCGUCUGAUGAGUGUAGGAUCACAGUCGAAAUCAAACAGUCGUAUACAGGCUGUGACUGUGAGUCCAUUCAGAAAGCAAGCAACUCUUGAAAAACUUGAACCAAACUGCGUCUACGAGAUUCGUGUCAUGGCCGUCAAUGAGCAUGGUGCAGGAAUAAAAUCGCCUGCAUUUUAUGGAGAAACGUGUUCAUGUCCUGAGGUUAUUUAUACAAAUUACGCUGCCUUAAAACCGUAUAUUUACCGUGACACUCAAGGUAACAUGGUAGGAAUUUUCGAGAACCUGUUAAAAAAUAUCACCUCUGCUAUUUGUGGAUUAUGCAACGGCAGAAGCAGCAGAAUUGAUUUCAUAAACGACGGCAAAAAUGGAUGGGCAGAAAAGCAAAGUAUUGCACAGGUUGCUAAAGCAAUUGAUGAUUAUGUACACUUAAGUUUUGCCAUUGCCGGAAGAGAAGAGAUGCCAACAUUUCAGGGAAAACCGUACAUUUCCUUGAUCGACCAUCCUGGAAUGGUUUUAUAUACCCCGAGGCCAACUAUGUCGGAGCAGGUGGAGGCAAUGUUGACGUCAAUCUUUCAGCUUUGGCCGAUAUUCAUUCUUAAUGCUGUUUUCAUUAUUUUUGCCGGUGUCAUUUUCUUUACGCUGACAUACGAUGAAGCUGCUGUAGAUGGACCCUGUUGGUUUGUAUCAGGAUCACUUAGAGGAAUGUAUUGGGCCUACGUCACCAUGUUUACUCACGGAUAUGGCGAUAUUGUGCCCAGUUCGAUUGUCUCUCGCAUCUUUGCUGUUCUAUGGAUUCUAGUAGGCCUUGUAACCUCGGCAAUUCUAAUUGGUGGAAUAAGCACAGCAUUGACCACCUCGAGUACACUUCCAGGCGUAAAGCUGUACAACACCGAGCUUGCAGUUGUGCAAGGUUCUAAAGAAGAAAUCGUCGGAAUUUUGAGAAACGCCAAAGUGAACACAAAGGGCCAAUAUGGGAAAACAGAAGAUGUGUUUCAUGCAUUAAAGGAUAGACAAGUUGAAGCAGCCCUGGUUGAUGCCUUUGUAGCAGCAAGUCGAUCAGAUCUGUUUGAAGACCAGGCGAUAAUUGCUCGAAAAAUGAUCAAAUAUUCUUACACCUACGGAGUUGUAUUAUCAGGAGCGAUGAAGAACACAGGAACAAGCAUAAAAAAUUACGUUUCUGAUAAUCGCCAGUACAUUACGCAAAUGGUGGAGAAAACAGCGCCUCAGUUGACGGGAACCUUUGCUGAUCCACAACCGGUAUCACUGUUUGAGCCGUCAUCUCCUUUCCUGAGUCAAACUCUCAUUGCCCUAUUCAUUGUGUACAUCCUUCUCUUCAUCGCUGGAUCCAUCUUUAGUUUUGUUAGACGAAGAAAAAGGGGAAAAGUAGACGUCACGCAACAAGAAAUUGACGAAAGACUGAAUUCAUGUGAAUUGGCAUGUCGCCAGUUUUUUGAAAGUGUCGAGAAUCUGUGCAAAAGCGUGCAAAAUAGAUGCACCCAAAAUGAAAAGAACAAUGCAAAGCUGAAAACACUGAAGAGAGAUUCUUCGAUUCAUUCUGAAACAAAAUUGAUUUUUGUGAGUGAUUAUGAAAGUACCCAAACAGAUAUAAGAGACUUCAGUUUUAAUUAACUUUUUUCUUUCGACUAAAUAUCGGCUGAAUCUAUCGGUUAAAGAUGUCUCAUAUAGUAUAUUCUUGUAAAUGACAAUGAUACAAGUUUUCUAUAUCAUUUCCUUAAAGGAACGAAACAUUUUUCACAGGGGUCCAACAAAGAUGUAAAUAUGGAUCAUGAAUAAUCCUUCUAUAUAAAAAUGACAUACCACGAGAAGCUAUCUGCAAUCAAUAUAAUACUCUGAUGUAUUGUAUCUGAAUUGAAAUUUAUAAACAAUAGCAGAGACUCUCUUUGUGGCUAAUUUCUAGAAAAGAAGCUAAGAAUUCACCCUGGUGAGGAUAACAAAAUGCAUUCGUUUUUCAAGCUUAAUUUUAAUAGAAAGAUCGAUUAAAGGACACAGAACGCUACAGUUAAAUUUGAUGUAUUUUGGAUGAAAAAUUUACUGGAGUAGAAAUAUCAACACAAAUACUGGCUAGAAUAGAAACAAAAUUUUCUUAACACAAUCUUGGAAAACUGCUGUCAAAUUACCUCAUCGAAUCGCACUUUGACUGCGCAUGCUCAACAGGCUAUGAACGAAAAUCCAAACCAAAUUUUCUUUCCACCACAAACGUCUAAGAGGGCAGUUACGAAAAAAGUAUUUCGAUCUUUUAGUGCAGUCCCUGCCUCUUCAAAUUAGGCGAUGUGUAUUUUUAAAAAAGUGAUAUAAAUAUUAAUUGUAACUAGUUUUUAACAUUACUGUGUAUAUUGUAACCAGUUUGUUAUUUAGUAGUGUUAAAAUCCUUACUUAUGUACCUACCAAUUUGUGUAAAUAAAUUAACAUAAAUUUGAUUUAUCAAUUUACAAAAUUGUAUAUGUUCCAUAAAGACAAGAGCCACUUGACUUGAGAGAAGCAUGUAGAAUAAAUUGUCUGAUGCUGUCUGUUAUUGUGAAGUGUUUAGAACACGAUAAGGAACAUUUGAUUGCGAAUGGUCUUCGGUAUGGCUGCUUUCGUUUAUUUUCGUUCUUUGCAUCAAUAAGAAGUACAGCAAGGCUUCAUUAAUGGACCAAGUAAUCUUGUACAAUGGACGACGGACAAAAAACAAAAUACAUCGCAUACAGGAGUGCUUGCAAAUGGUUUCAUUUGCUAUUGGCUUAAAAAUAUAUGGGUGUGGAAUGAAUGCAACAUAACAUUUUUUAAAACUCUUUACUUGCAAAAGAAAAACCACUUUUAAUUAUAAUUUUAAUUCAUUUCUUCUCUUCUGUGUUCGUUAUGAAGGGAUCUGAUGUGUUUUUAGAAGAACAGCUAAAAUAAUUUCUUCUUUGUUGUGAUCACAAUAAAGAGAUAAAAAUUGUUUUUUGAAGAAACUUUUUUGGAAAAACAAGAUUUUUUUCUAAAUCUACAGUUCUUUUAUCAAAAAUUUACCCUUCCGUAAAAUCUCUCUCUUUCCGAAAAACGACUUUAAUUCUAAACCUAAAGUCAUUUCUUUUUUAUUGCUAUCUUAAUUAAGAGUUUUGCUGUGUUUUUUUUAAAAAAAGUCAUGGAACAUUUCGACACUUUCCUAAUCCUAUAGCUUAAAUUAUUUAUCAAAAUUUUCUCUUUUGAAAAAGAGAAAUUCUUGUGCUCCUUUUUUGAAAAAGCGACUUUUAUUCUGGAACUAAAGUCAACUAUUCUUAUCCCGUUCUUGAUGGAGA